AUGACCUCUGGGACCAGCAACUAUUCGACGCCCGCUCCCACAGCGACGGGAACCUUUACAACGCCUACUCCGACAGCGAUCGGAACCUUCACAACGCCUGAUCCGACAGCGAUCGGAAACUUUACUACGCCUGCUCCGACAGCGAUCGGAACCUUCACAACUCCUGAUCCGACAGCGAUCGGAAACUCUACUACGCCUGCUCCGACAGCGAUCGGAACCUUCACAACGCCUGAUCCGUCAGCGAUCGGAAACGUUACUACGCCUGCUCCGACAGCGAUCGGAAACUUCACAAUCACAACGCCUGCUCCGACAGCGAUCGGAACCUUCACAACGCCUGAUCCAACAGCGAUCGGAAACUUUACUACGCCUGCUCCGACAGCGAUCGGAACCUUCACAACUCCUGAUCCGACAGCGAUCGGAAACUCUACUACGCCUGCUCCGACAGCGAUCGGAACCUUCACAACGCCUGAUCCGUCAGCGAUCGGAAACGUUACUACGCCUGCUCCGACAGCGAUCGGAAACUUCACAAUCACAACGCCUGCUCCGACAGCGAUCGGAACCUUCACAACGCCUGAUCCAACAGCGAUCGGAAACUUUACUACGCCUGCUCCGACAGCGAUCGGAACCUUCACAACGCCUGAUCCGACAGCGAUCGGAAACUCUACUACGCCUGCUCCCACAUUAGCGGGAAAUUUUUCAACGCCCUCGCCAACGGUGGUAGGCAAUUUUUCAGCAGGAAAUUCAACAACAGGAAACUUCACGUCAGGCAACGUUUCGAUGGGGGGAGACGAAGCAAUGGGUGUAGUAUCCGUCAGUAUUGCCGGCUCGGCGACGCUUGUUCAGACACCUGCUCCUGCGGGACAGGCACCGGAAUCGGAAUCGGGAAGAUCGAAGUAUACACCGAGGAGCGUAGCCCUGGUGCCCAAGCAAACAUUGUUCAAUGUGUCUAAGGCGGGUGCCGGUGUUCUCAUCGUGAUGAGUUCCACCUUCUUAUGGAUUGGUGAUCUGCAGGACCCCACCAAAAUGCUGAAUAUCACGGGCUGUCUCUUUUCGGAGAACACUAUCGAUGGGGGAGAUGAAGGAACUGGGGAAGAUGGAGAAGUGUUCGGGGGCACCGUGGUGGCAAAAUGGGGAGUGGUGACUAUCGACGAUACCAUGUUCUACAACAAUAAAGGUCUUCUGGUCGAGGGGGCCAACCUCACGGUUACAAACACGCAGUUUAACUACAACACCGCCUCUCAGUACGGGGGAGGGAUACUGCAAGUGGAGGCCGGUUUUAUGGACAUUCAGAAUUCGAUCUUUGACGGCAACGUCGCUGACUACGGCGGUGGGGCACUGGCCGUUGCCACGGCAUCUCGAGCAGAUAGGUACAACCUGGACAAUUGUCUGUUCAUCUUCAACGUCGCCGGCAAUGACGGGGGUGGAGUUCUGUACCUCCUGAGUAUGGAAUCGAGUGAUCUCACCGGCAUUGUCACUUUCACCAGGUCGGAUGAGGCUGCCAGUAUCCAGGUGACCUUGCACUACAACGCCAGCGUGGUUCCCUCCGACGUCAUUUCCACGCUGGCUAACAAGGUUGCUUUGUCGACCUCACCUGAAUCCCUUAAUGCCGAGUCGUCCGUCGCAAUAUCGCCUCCGGAGAACCCCCCUAAGCCACAGCUCGUGCCGGAAGUGUGGUACACGGCGUUGGCGCAUUGCAAGGACCUAGUGUUGGACGUGAGCGCCAGCACUGGAGGCGGCGGACGGGUGAUGGAAUCUUAUCAGUGGGAAUUGUAUGACUGGGCCGUGGAACAAGAGUCGGAUGCACCCUCUGCGGAGUUUGACUACGCCGAAGAAGCCUCGGCGGCAGGAGGGUCGAGCAAGCUUACCAUCCCCGGCGCUGGUCGCAAAUCAGAGAAUGAGCUGACCUGGUAUUUCAACAUCACGGCCACCAACUGGCUUGGAGGCAUUGGGUGGACGUCGGUUGAGGUGGUGCUACGCGCCGCCAGUCUAGCCAUCGUCGCUUACGCGGAGGUGGAGAAUUGCGUUACCAACAAGACGAGUGGGCUAACGUACGAGUGGAGCGAGCUGAGGACCGGCGAGACAGCUGCAGCAUCACCGACCAUAACGUGCGGCAUGCCCUUCUUUGUGGUGCUGUCGUUCUUAACUGCCCAGGAUCCGAGUAUGUUCAAGCUUCCGUCACAUUCAUUGGAGAUCGGGGUGGAGUAUGAAUUUCGCGUCGACGUGACGGACAGCGUGGGCUACUCGUCGUUUGCUACCCAGGUCGUCACUGUGGAAAGCUCAUCGCUCAUCGCAGCCGUCGCCGGAGGGAAUAGCACCGUCAGUGCGGGCAUUGACCUUGUCCUGGACAUGACUGCAACCAUCGAUCCAGACGAGGUGAACGCGGACACCGUGGUCGCCAUCGAAGCAAAAAUUACUCUGUCGGAGGACUCCAGUGCCAUCGCGGAGUGGACGUUGACGGACGGUGUUCUCAACGACUUCGACGAACUCAGGCUCGCAGCCUCUUCCAGCCUCGAGUACGCGGGCUAUGGUUCGAACUCCACGCUGAUUGCAUCCGUGUAUGCGCUGGACGCGCUCGGUGCUGCUUCUCGGGCCACGUUUGGCGUAACCGUGUCGGCCUACGAAGGCGGCAUUGAGGAGCUGAGCGCCUUGGUAGAGGCAGUCGCCACGGAGGCCUUGGCUGCGGGUGAUACCGACACCGUAAUGCAGGUUCUUGACGUGGCCAGCUCAAGCCUCAACGCCGCCAAUUGUACAGUCGCCCCAGACUGCGCAGCUUUGAACCGCGACGAUUGCGGUACAGACGGUCUUCGUGAGGAAAACACCUGCGGGGAGUGCGUCUCGGGAUUUGUUGGCGUCGUGGGGCCGCACAACUCGCUGUGUGUAGACACAACAGCAUUCGACGCUUCAUGCUCAGAUGGCGAAAAGAACGGCGAUGAGACAGACGUAGACUGCGGUGGUCCGUCCUGCUCCCCCUGCCCCUCGGGCUCGACGUGCUUGGUCGGCACCGACUGCUCCUACAACAACUGUCCCGAACCAGCAUCCACGACCUCCGAUCCGAUAUGUGUUCCUCCGGCCAAGGCCUGCCCCAACGACUGCGGCGGGACAGUCCGCGGUACCUGCGAGUACGUGUCCUCCACGUCGGGAGCCGCGCUGAACGCUGCAGACUGCCUCGCAGAUACCCCGACUUCCACCUGUCGCGCAACUUGCAACUGUUUCGACGGCUACGGAGGAGACGGUUGUCAGUAUUCUGACUCUGAGUUGGAGGCCGCAGUUGAGACCCGGGAGCAGUCGCUGCUAUACAUACAGGAAUCGGCGGAGAGGUUGGAUAUCAGUCGGGAUACCAUCUCCAGACAAGCAGUGCUGCUUUCCAAGCUGUCAGUGAUACCCCAAGAAAUGAAGGCUUCGUCGGCGACGCUAGUUCUAGAUUUGGCGACAGAGACGACACACAUGGCUGACGAAAGCGGGGAAGGUGUGGCGAGCACGGCCGCCUUUGCGGUGGUGGAAAUUAUUGGGCAGGUUACGCUGGCAUCGUCUUUCCUCGAGGAGGAAAGCAACAUGGAAGGGCUAUCGGACGUAGUGGGGAGCCUGAUUUCAUCUCAAGUGGCAGGGAAAGUGGUCGGCGAGGUGGCUGAUGAGGUUUCGAGCGACUAUUUCAGGCUUUCGACUGGCAUUUACGAUGCUGCCACCGUCGGGGAGAUAUCGCCACCGUUGACAGCUGACGACGAGAGCGUCGGUAGGUCAGUUUCAUCCAUCGGCCUGCCUGGCGACGUCGGGGACGCGUUUUCGGACGUGUCGAGUAUGUCCUUAGCAGUGGCCGAGUGGAUCAUUGACCCCAGACAGGGAUCGGAAGAGUCUUCGUCUGCCGAAAACUGCCAGGUUGACUUCGCGUCUACCUUCCUCGACACGGCGGGGGAGUUCAUCUCGAUCUGGGACGAGGCGACGACUCUCACUUGGACGGAAGUGCAAUCAGCGGCACCGAUUUUCGCCACCAUGGGAGGGAUUCUCGCUCUGGCGGUAAUCAGUGCGGGGUUCGGGUGGCGACUUGAUCAAAAGGAUAGGGGACGCCCGGCAGGCUGCGGAGCUUGGCUCGCAUCGCUGGCAUGCUGGUCGAAGGCACCUCCGCCUACCACUGAUAAUCAGGGCAAGGCGCUCAACGAGAGACGGGCAUCUACUCUUCGCGUGCCGAAACGGGGAAUGACGCGCGACGAAUGUCUCAAGAGUUUGGCGGCUGCGGUACGAGGGGACAACAAGGACAACGUCGACGCCACGGCCCCCCACCACCUAGGGGAGAGACGCGUCAGAAAAAGCUUAAAGCUGCUCAUCAUGAUCCACCAUGACUUCGUGUCGGUGUUCUACUGCUUCUACGAGUGGUUCACAAGGCCUCAAAGGGUAGCUCUGCUGCUCUGCUCAGUCGUUACGCUUAUGGCCACUGAGGCUACGGUUUUCGCCUCAAUCAUGUUCAAGGACGAUGGAACCUGCGGGGCGUUCGAAAACCUAGCAGAUUGCGCGGCGUCGAGCACGGCGAACGUCAACGUCGCAGGUGUGGGUUCGUCUUGCGCGUGGGACGAGGGCUCCAGGACCUGCUACCUUCCCGAGCCGGAAGAGGACAUGGAGACCUCUCUCGUCAUUUCGACAAUCUCGCUGAUACUGGCGCUGCCGCUUGAACUGUUUCUCGUGGCCGUGUUUGCGGCUUUCCUCGUCAGACCGACCAAGACGAAUGGCGAUCGGGCUGGAACUGGGGACAUGGAGGCCGAAAGGUGGGAGUUGCGGGAGGAGCUGGUAGCAGUGACUCUCUUGGGGGCAAGGCUCACCAUCGAGGUUGACCUAGCGAGAGCUGCGGAACACCGGCGGGAGGGCAAGAUGACACGUUUUUGGAGGAGUCUCUGCUGCGGGUGCGGAUUUUGCGGGGACGGUGCAAAACGCGAAGCUCGCCUGCAAAAAAAGGUUAAGAGGUCUCUGGGAGCCGCGAUUACCCUGGAGAAAAAAAUCGCGCAGACGGGCGACGUGGAUUCGAAGGAAGCACUCUUGUUCGAGCAAGCGGAGGCGGACUCUCUUAACUACCUCGAGAGGCAGGUAUUCUUCAACAGCCGCAUCCUUAACUACGGCGAAGAAGACUCUCAGUCCGGCGUGCCGUUGUGCAUCAAGUGUCUCGCCUGGCUGUUCAUCGUCAUGUACGCGGUGGGGCUAUCCUUCUACGUGUGUCUUUUUGCCGUCAAGGCCGGGCGCGCAACCUCCGUUCAGUGGAUGAUUUCCUUCUGGGUUGCGUUUGCCGAGGUUGCACGACGCCACCCGAACAUGGAGGUGUCGGGUCUAAUCCUUCAAGGGCGUAUUCCCAAUGGCAACGAAUUCGAGAAGUUCAUCCCGCUCUUCACCGCACGAUCGCGCUGGUACACGUGCAUGACGGGUUUGGUGUUCACCGUUCUGGCCAUCAUCAUGCUCCUGCCGGAUACCCUCCAGGCAAUGAUGAAGAAGGAGAAAAAGCUGCGGAAAGCGCGCGUCACCCAAGGCGGAUACUCUAGUGGAAACGGAACGUUCAGCGGAGUCAACGUAUUGGCCCGAGGCAGGACCGCGGGGGGUCGGACGCCAAACUUCAACACACCCUCUCCAGGCUUGAACAUUGUCGCCGGGAACGCCGGCUUCCAAUCAGACCAGCGAAGUCCCACCAUGAACACAGCGUCUCUCGCGCGAUGGGUCAGCGCUGUCAAGCCAGGUUCUGUCCAACGCCCUCAAGUCGAUCAGCAGACAAAAUCGCCGCCACGCCCUCCCCGCGCCAACCACGGCAGGACAAACUCGUUAGCGUCCAUUGGGAUGAUUUCGGAAGCCGGAUCGCGAUGGGACCACCACGGCCGCCUUGACUCCUGCGCGGCGUCCGCUUGGGGCGAAGUUCACGUUAGCGACGUGGAGUCCUCCGUAAAUGAGGGCGGUGGCAACGGCGACGAUGAAUCUUCCGUGGGGACGGGACCCCGGCUCCACGGCCGCGACCAUUCCGGGGGUAGUUGGAACUUGCAGCAAAAUGAAUGGGACGGCCUAGGGAACACGUUGAGCUUGCAGAAUAGCGUCGAUCUAGGCACCACAGCUUCCUUCACUUUCUUCGAUGAUCUUGGGGACCCUUCCCACCGAGCCAAUGUCCACUCCAGAAGCCUCCGCGGAAACUCCUACGAAGACGAUGAAGAAAGCAAAUCGCCUGAACGAUCUCCGGGAUCCAUCGCCGUAGUCAGGGCGGCGGGGCGAACUUCUUCAUCAUCGCGGUUCGACGACUCGAGGCGGCAGGUCCAGGCGGCGGCGCAUGGGGACUGUGAUGGGGAUGCGUCUCCGAAGUCAAAUUAG